AUGGCGACCGCGGCGACGGAACCCGUGUACGGGCUCUCGGAGGACGAGGAGGAGUCUCGAAUCCUCAGGGUGAAGGUGGUUUCUGGCAUCGAUCUGGCCAAGAAGGACAUCUUUGGAGCCAGUGACCCGUAUGUGAAACUUUCCUUGUAUGUAGCAGAUGAGAACAGAGAACUUGCUCUUGUGCAGACAAAAACUAUCAAAAAGACACUGAACCCUAAAUGGAAUGAAGAGUUUUACUUCAGAGUAAACCCAACCAACCAUCGGCUUCUGUUUGAGGUGUUUGAUGAAAACAGACUGACCCGAGACGACUUCCUGGGCCAGGUGGAUGUGCCGCUCAGUCACCUCCCGACUGAAGACCCAACCAUGGAGAGGCCGUACACAUUUAAGGAUUUCCUCCUCAGACCAAGAAGUCACAAAUCUCGUGUGAAGGGUUUCUUGAGACUGAAGAUGGCGUAUAUGCCCAAAAAUGGUGGCCAAGAGGAAGAAAAUAGUGAUCAGAGGGAUGACUCUGAGCACGGCUGGGACGUGGUGGAUUCCAGCGACGCCGCGUCUCGUCAGGAGGAGCUGCCUCCUCCUCCGCUGCCCCCUGGCUGGGAGGAGAAGGUGGACAACCUGGGGAGAACCUACUACGUGAACCACAACAACAGGAGCACCCAGUGGCACCGGCCCAGCCUCAUCGACGUGGGCUCCGAGUCAGAUAACAAUAUCAGACAGAUAAACCAAGAGGCAGCUCACAGGCGCUUCCGCUCUCGGCGCCACAUCAGCGAGGAUUUGGAGCCAGAGCCUGUGGAGAGCGGAGACAUUCCUGAGCCUUGGGAAACCAUUUCAGAGGAGGCAAGUGCCAGUGGGGAUUCCUUGAGCUUGUCACUGCCACCUCCUCCUGCAUCUCCGGUGUCCCGGACCAGUCCUCAGGAGCUGUCUGAGGAGCUGAGCAGAAGACUCCAGGUCACUCCUGAUUCCAAUGGGGAACAACUCGGCUCUUUGAUUCAAAGAGAACCUUCCUCACGACUGAGGUCCUGCAGUGUGACAGACGCAGUCGCUGAGCAGUCCCAGUUAUCCCUGCCUUCUGUGGCUUACGUGCACACCACGCCGGGCUUGCCUUCGGGCUGGGAGGAGCGCAAGGACGCCAAGGGCCGGACCUACUACGUCAACCACAACAACCGGACCACAACGUGGACACGGCCCAUCAUGCAGCUCGCUGAGGACGGGAUGGUGGGGCCGGGCACGAGCAGCAGCAACCACCUGAGCGAGCCGCAGAUCCGGCGGCCCCGCAGCCUGAGCUCGCCCACCGUCACCCUGUCAGCGCCGCUCGAGGGCAUGAAGGACUCUCCGGUGCGCAGGGCGGUGAAGGACACCCUGUCCAACCCCCAGUCCCCACAGCCGUCCCCCUACAACUCCCCCAAGCCCCAGCACAAGGGGGCCCAGAGCUUCCUGCCCCCGGGCUGGGAGAUGCGCAUCGCCCCGAACGGCCGCCCCUUCUUCAUCGACCACAACACCAAGACCACCACCUGGGAGGAUCCACGGCUGAAGUUUCCGGUGCAUUUGAGAUCCAAAGCGUCUCUGAACCCCAACGAUUUGGGCCCUCUUCCUCCUGGCUGGGAGGAAAGAAUACACCUGGACGGAAGAACAUUUUAUAUAGACCAUAGAAGCCAGGUGUUGAUAUGUGGAGACAUUGAUACCAGAGACUUAGUGCCCUCCUACGAUAAUAAAAUUACCCAGUGGGAAGACCCCAGACUGCAGAACCCAGCCAUCACAGGCCCAGCGGUGCCGUACUCCAGGGAGUUCAAGCAGAAGUACGACUAUUUCCGCAAGAAGCUCAAGAAACCUGCUGACAUACCCAACAGAUUUGAGAUGAAAUUGCACAGAAAUAACAUUUUUGAGGAGUCCUACAGAAGAAUCAUGUCUGUGAAGAGACCUGAUGUACUAAAAGCCAGGCUCUGGAUUGAAUUUGAGUCAGAAAAAGGACUUGACUAUGGAGGUGUGGCCAGAGAAUGGUUUUUUCUCUUGUCCAAGGAGAUGUUUAACCCUUACUAUGGUCUCUUUGAAUACUCAGCAACGGACAACUAUACACUUCAGAUUAAUCCUAAUUCAGGUCUCUGUAACGAAGACCAUCUGUCGUACUUCACGUUCAUUGGCCGGGUGGCCGGCCUGGCUGUGUACCACGGGAAGCUGCUGGACGGCUUCUUCAUCAGACCUUUCUACAAGAUGAUGCUGGGCAAGCCCAUAACGCUGAAGGACAUGGAAUCAGUGGAUAGUGAAUACUACAACUCUCUGAAGUGGAUCCUGGAAAAUGACCCUACAGAGCUGGAUCUCAUGUUUUGCAUAGAUGAGGAAAACUUUGGACAGACAUAUCAAGUGGACCUGAAGCCCAAUGGGUCCGAAAUCAUGGUAACAAAUGAAAACAAGCGGGAAUACAUUGACCUGGUCAUCCAGUGGCGGUUUGUCAACAGAGUGCAGAAACAAAUGAAUGCCUUUCUGGAGGGAUUCACAGAACUGCUUCCUAUUGAUCUGAUUAAAAUUUUUGAUGAAAAUGAACUGGAGUUACUGAUGUGUGGCCUUGGCGAUGUGGAUGUCAAUGACUGGAGACAACACACCAUCUACAAAAAUGGUUACUGCCCAAAUCAUCCCGUUAUCCAGUGGUUCUGGAAGGCUGUUCUGCUGAUGGAUGCUGAGAAACGGAUCCGGCUCCUGCAGUUUGUGACCGGGACGUCACGCGUGCCUAUGAACGGAUUUGCUGAACUUUAUGGUUCAAAUGGUCCUCAGCUGUUUACAAUAGAGCAGUGGGGAAGUCCUGAUAAGCUGCCCCGGGCUCACACCUGCUUUAACCGCCUAGACUUACCUCUGUAUGAAUCUUUCGAGGACCUGCGGGAGAAGCUCCUCAUGGCCGUGGAGAAUGCCCAAGGGUUUGAAGGGGUGGAUUAACUUGGCAGCAGCCAUUCCCUCUCCAAGCACGUUCUGCUGGCUUUGGCACCUGCCCGAGGGACUCAAGGGCUUGUGGCACAGCAGUUGCCCGGCGCUGGCUCUGGAGCAAAGCCCGGCAGUGCAGGGGCCCAGCCCCGAGGCUGGGGCUGGCACCUGGGGUGGCCUCGCUGAUGUUCCCGCACCAGUUGCGAACUGAUCACAUUUCAGCAGGACUUACUCUAUUUAUGUUGUGCCUCUGUAGGCAAAGCCCUUAAUAAAUAUUUUACACAAUUUCUAAUGGCAAUGAACGGGAUUAAUCAUUUUACAGGUAUAGUAUUACAACUCAUGUUUACUUCUUAAUUGAUUUAAGCAUUUUCAGAUUUUAUUUCAUUACAAUUAAAUAUCAUAUACUUGGAAAAAUGAGCAUUUUUCUUAAUUUCAUACCAGACUUUUUUUUUCAAAGCACAUUGAGCCUUGUGUUCCUAAGAGUAGGAAAAAGCUCUGUUGGAAGCUUUCCCUCCACAGGCUGUCUCUCAAAAGCAACUCUCUUCAUUAAGCACAUCACUGUUGUUCUGUAUCCAGAAGUAUGGGCUGGAUGUUGCAUUUUUGUAUAAGUACUAGAAAAGUGUCAAGGCACAGCAGAGCCCUGACACAGCAUGUCCAGAUCUCUGUUCUACUGAAACUGCCUCGUUACUGCCAAGCUGUACAUGUGCUACAAAGCAUCUGGGCUGGGGCUGGCAUUUAGCCUUUUAGGAGAACAUGCUGAACCCUGUCAUUCUCUCUGUACAGUGAUUCGUUUUCCAUCCUUUCCGCAUUCCUGUUUGCAAUGGAGGCAUUCCAAAUGAAAUCUGGCACUCUGGAACACAGCUCUGUUCUGGCUCCUGUUUGUGUGCAGUUGCUAAUGAACCUAAUUAACACUGGGGUUGUUAAUUUCUAACAGCACUGACUCUGAAGGCACUUGCUGUACCACCAGGAAGGCAGACCUGGUUUGAGCAUAAAGUUAAUGGGAUUUUACUCCUUCCCACUACACAUGUCCUUGUAUGGUGAAUUUGGCUGCUCCUGUGUAAAAGAAAACCCCACCAGCUCUAGACCGGAGCCUGCAGACGUGUUCCUCAGUAAUUGUUUCUGUGAUUUCUUUUUUACUUACAAAGAUUUAUUUAAUAUACGCUGCUAUCUAAUUCAUUUUGUUACCUAUGACAUGUUGCAUGCCUAAUCUAUAAUGUCUGAGUUGCAUCUGUUUUCUGGCAGAUUAAAGGUGACAGAUUUGUGCUUGC